AGUUCAAGGGUUGAAAGGCGCGGUGGGAUGUGAUUUCCGGACGCGACGUCAUAAAUCACUCAUAAGUAUCGACGCCGUCGUUACGGCACGUAGUGCGCCAACAAUUUUCCAAAGUGUACGGCAAGAAUGUCCCCGUUCAAGGAGCCGCUUUCCCAUAUGCCGAGUGACGAUAAGUUCGCGCUAAGUAGAUCGUUGAGAGAUAGGGAGACGUUGGGAGAUAUACGCAUGAAUUUCAGGGAGAAUGAUAAAAGGAGCGAGUACGAAUUAGGCGCUUACGGUUACGGCAAGAAUAAUGUCAAGUUGUUGUACGUGCACCGGAACGACGAGCUGUGCCACGAGAUUCGCGAGUACGAGGUCGACACGCACUUGCGUCUGGGCUCACAGAAAGAUUAUCUCGAGGGUGACAAUCGCGACAUCAUCGCGACGGAUAGCCAGAAGAACACGGUGUACCUGAUGGCGAAGAAACACGGCAUCCACUCGCCGGAGGCGUUCGCACUUUUGCUUUGCUCUCACUUCCUCUACACCUACGAACAGGUAGUAGAAGUCAGUAUCAACGUCGAGGAGUACCCAUGGGCCAGGUACCACGUUGACAAUCGGCCGCACAAUCACGCCUUCAUCAUGAGCCCCACCGCGACGAGGUUCUGCCAAGUCAGUCAGGUCAGAAACGAAUCGCCACAAAUACGAGGUGGAUUAAAGGGGCUGCGAGUGUUGAAGACGACGCAGAGCUCGUUUACAGACUUCAUUCAGGACGAAUACAGGACGUUGCCGGACAUGAACGAUCGCAUUUUCAGCACUGUCGUAACGGCGACCUGGGACUUCUCCACCGCGAGGGGAGUGGACUUCGAUAGCGUCUGGUACAUGGUAAAGGAAUGCAUUCUGCAGAAUUUCGCGGGUCCACCGGACACAGGAAUCUACUCGCCCAGUGUUCAGAAUACGCUUUAUCUCGCGGAAAAGUGCAUACUUGAUAAAGUCAAGCAAAUUCGUAGCAUCGAGAUGCAAAUGCCGAAUAAGCAUUACUUUGAUUUGGAUCUCAGCAAAUUCUCCAAAGUUAUACAAGGACAGAACAAGGAGGUUUAUCUACCCAUGGAUAAGCCAUCGGGUAUUAUCUAUGCUCGUUUAAACAGAAAAGAUGUCUCUGCCAAAUUGUAGACAUGUAUGAUUGUUGAUUUAUUAAUAAAAUUUAAGUUUUUCUAUAUAA